UUUACUAGUCAAGCUAUUAUUAUGUGUGUAGAGAAAGAAAUAAAUUAUGAAGUGUUUUAAAAUUUCUUUUCAAUAUACCUUUUAACAGAUCGAUAUUUUAUAUAACGCAGUUUUGCUAUAUUUUAAACUACAGCAAAUCAAUACAGUUAUCUUAAACUGCAUUACCAAGUUUUUGUUUAUCAAAAUAGGUAAACAACAGCCGAAAAAAGUAGAUGAUUUGAGUGUACCUCGAUCGCCAUUACUAUGGGCAUUAUUAAAUUAACGGUGCAAAGUGUGUGACUGUGUCAAUGCGUAAUUCGUGUAGGAGUAUCCAUUCUUGAAGGUUUGCUUAUUUAUUUGUAAAAAGAACAUAAUUUUCUUUCAAUUUUGGCGGGAGUCCUGGCACGUUGUAUCGUGGUUGUCGAAUGGCGAUCUGUCACCUGUCGCCUCCUGGCUUCAUCGACGCAGAUAUAAGUUCAUGUUUCAGUGGUUCUCAGUAAAAUUAGCAGUGCAAUAGUGAAAUUCCUGGUGCGCAAUCCAUGUGGACAUUCGACGAUGCGUCGCGAUUAGGCGGGUCGGAUAUGGAUAAUAGGCGAGCGUGCCCAAGCUACGAAGCCGGGUUAGACGUGUGCGAUCCCUUAGGAUCAGUCCUAGAUUGGUCUGGUCGGGAACCAGCACGCAUACUACGGCGUCGGUGCCGCAGUGAGGGUAUAGACCGUUCGCCUUACGAGGAUGUAAGUCGCGAGGCGAACCGCUCCGCGGAUGGUAACUGUCGAUAUCAUCGAGCCCUGCCCAACAAGAGCCAUUUCACGCUGAAUAACAGCGAGCCACAGUACGCGGCUGCACGGUUUCGUCACGAGUGCUCACUGCCAGCUGCCGAGAACGGUGACUACGUCAUGGCCCACGACCAGGACAGGUUCCAUGGUUACCAGCCAGGAAGAUCAAAAUUAUAUCGAAAAAGUCCUACCAGACCAUUAUUAGUAACAACACUAUCCAAUACUAAAGUUGAUGAUCGUUUACCAAAAGUUGAAGAAUUAUUAGAAAAAGUCGAUCAAGACAUGAUGGAAGUGCAGGCGACAAAACAGCCGUUAAAAUCAAUACUCAAUAACCCCUUACCUAAUUCACCACUACAUGGUAUACUGAAGAAACCCAAAAACAGAUCACAGCCAGAUUCUAAAUGUACCUUAGAAGGUCGCAGAAGACAAAGAGCAGCCAGCGAAUCAGACAAUUUGUUCAGCAGUUUUAACAGUAUUGGGUCUCCAAUACCGGGCUAUGAUAACCGUUUAUCGUAUCUCUCAACGAACACAAAACGCGCCAAAGACAACUCGGGUAUCGGUUAUUCGUACGGAUCAGCGAUCGCUAGCCUCGGCAGUGGAACGACAGUCAAGAGUCCAACCAGGACCUCUAGUGGGUCCAAACAAACCCGUGUACGUAAAGACCAAAUGGUGGUGAAGGGUGACCAUGAUAUGCAUUUAUUGAGAACCACGGCUAUCAAUGAAACUAAUGUUCUUGUUGAACCUAGGAUGGAUAUGCCACGCCAAGACACGCCCACGCCCACGUGCCCAGCGGUGAGCCCAGCCCUACCUGUGAGUUCAGUGACCACGAUACCAGUCGGUAAGAAAGCCGUCAAAAUCAAGAAAAAAGUGAAAUCAGCCAAGACCAAAGGUAGCAAGAUGAAGACUGGCAGCAACACAGACUGCUGCGGUCUCGAUUUGGAAACUGAAGAGGCGCUCAGCAGGUCUCCAUCACCAGAUCCGUUGAUGGACCACUGGCAAAUGGACACUGACGCGGCUUUAGCAGAGCUGGAGAUCAUGGAAGAACCGGCUUUGCCCUCAACAGCCAAGAAAGAAGAGGAGAAUCUCACGCUAGUCACCAAACUGUCUAGCAAGCUCAAUGGAACUGUUGUUACCCCGAAGAAAGCACAUUCAAAAGACAAAGUAUCAAAGGAGCAAAUGUUUCUGACAGCUUUGCACACAACAAAUCCGUUCAAAUCAAUGCCGGCACGCAAAGAAUCACCAACAUUGUUACCGGAGUCAGUGGCGAAUUGUCUCCGGCCCUCCCUGUUCCCUCGCGUGCCUCCCUACCUCAAGUUCAUUGGUCACGAAGAGAGCCCCUGCCUCAAGGUUCCCCUACCGAUACAGAAACAUCUGAAAUGGAAGCUGACCACAAUCACGCCGAUAGUUGUGAAGAAGACGUUAACGAAUUCUGGUUUUCGGUUGGUAAAGAGCGAGUGUGAUACUGCUGAGUGUCCGCAAGAAGAUGAUAUUAUUACAGAGACGAUAGAAUGGAUCGGUAUUUGGGGCAAGCACAUGAAGUCGAUUAUGUUCAGAGCGAUCAAAGAUGGCCAGAAGAUGAACCACUUCCCUGGCACCUUCCAAAUCGGCCGCAAGGAUCGGCUGUGGAGGAACUUGCAGAAACUGGUCUGUAAAUACGGGAUCAGUGAGUUUGGUAUAAUGCCGAAGACUUACGUGCUGCCCCAUGAUAUGAAACUGUUGAAGCACGAUUGGGAGAAAUAUGCAGCUAACAACGAAAAAUGGAUUAUCAAACCGCCAGCAUCAGCCCGCGGUACUGGCAUCAAAGUAGUAUCAAAAUGGACGCAGAUCCCCAAGAAGCGGCCCGUAGUGGUUCAGCGAUACGUGUCGAAGCCUUACCUUAUAAACGGCAACAAGUUCGACCUCCGCCUCUAUGUACUCGUGACGUCGGUACACCCACUUCGGAUAUAUCUGUAUAAGGAUGGACUGGCUAGAUUUGCUUCAGUAAAGUACAACGACGAGCUAUCAUCGUUGAACGAUAGGUAUAUGCAUCUGACAAACUACUCUAUCAAUAGAUUGUCCAAGAACUACACGCCGAAUGAAGACUUUGCGGCCUGUGAGGGACAUAAAUGGACACUACAAACCCUAUUACAAUACUUGAAAUCUGAGAAACGUGUGGACACUGACAGUUUAUGGAACGCCAUGAAGGAUCUUGUAAUAAAAACAAUAAUAUCUGGAGAAGCGAGCAUCAGUUCGCUGACCAAAGCCAAUAUCACGUCGAGGUACAAUUGCUACGAGCUCUUUGGAAUUGACGUGUUGCUGGACGAAGAUCUCAAACCUUGGUUAUUGGAGGUGAAUAUAUCUCCGAGCCUGCACAGCGCGUCUCCCCUGGACAUCCACGUGAAGGGUCCACUGGUCACCACCGUCCUCAACAUCGCGCAGUUCCAAGUUCCAGUCAAGACGAACCUGGAGAUGCUCUCCAAGGAUAAACCACACAAACUGUUCCAGGUGCCAGGCCACACCAAUAUGGACACGGUUCCCAAGCAGAAUCCUAAAAAACUGUCGGGGUUGCCAUACGACAGCCGGUUGUAUACAGUGUACCUGUCGAAAGAAGAAAGAGAUAAGCAUAUAAUAUACACUAACAUGGAGGAUCGGGAUAUGUAUCUCCGCGACAUACUAUCAACGCUGACACCGGACGACGUGCGUCACCUCAUCCAAUCGGAGGACGAGCUCACUCAGUCAGGUGACAUGGAGAGGAUAUUCCCAACGCCCGAGACACACAAGUACUUAGGGUUCCUGGCCGGGCCUCGGUACUACAACCGAUUGUUUGACGCCUGGGAGACUAGAUACGGCCGGAACAGGGAACCGGGCUUGGAACUGCUCCGCAACCUGUGUGACAUCGGCUACCACCUGGAAGUACCGCCGGUGCCCCUGAAGCCGGCGCCCCCGCUGAGCGCGUUGGAUGGUUGCAGAAUGAUGUGGACGCGCCGUCCCCGGCCCCGUCGGAGCGGCCGUCCGUGCCGUCCCUCACGUCGCUGGAGCACGGAGGCGGCGGCGGCGGCGCGGCGGACGGCGCAGGCGCGGGCGUGGGGCGCGCGUGCGGGCCGCUGGCGGGGCUCGGGCCGCUCGGGCCGCUCGCGCUGCCGGCGCUCGAGCCGCGCGCCUAGCCCCCGCCGCAAGCCCGCCACCGACCUCAACGAGAACUGCUGCGCGCCCGCGUCGGACGGGCCCCCUUGCUGAUCGUUCUGGACCUCUAGUGAAAGCUUUCCGAGCUUAUUUCCUAACGGAUUCUCGUCGUAAUAGUUGCCGUUUUAGCGUGUAUCCGAUGUGUUUCGACAACUUUGAUGCUAUCGUUUGUGUAGAUGGUGUUGGUGCUCAACCGUUUGUCAUAGUGAAGAUGAUAAUAUUUACGUUCGAUGAACUUGUGAUAGAUCACCGCUAGGCAGUAGGAGCUGGCCGCGCAGCCGACGGUCCAUUCAGAGUUGUCGACUGAUAUGUGUUAGCUCUCCAGUCUUUGUCGUCGUUUCUUGACUCGAUAUUACUUUAAUCACAUUCCUGCUCAUGACCUUUGCACGUCUUAAGAUAUACCUAAUGUAACAAAAGUUGUAAGUUUUAAAAUCUUAAAAAUAUAGCAAAACUUGUAAAUCUUUGAACAGGAGUGAUAACUGUAUUAGUGUUCAAAAUUUGUAGCCCGUUGAGUGUAGGCGCGUAUAACUGGCUAUUUUAUUUACGUAAUUGUAGUUUUAAGGAAUGUUGAAGUCUGCGCUCAACGAGCUCAACGCGAAUGUCAACAUUAGAGGGCAUUUGAAAGCGAAGAAAUUUAAGUAAAAUGUAGCCUUAUCUACCUAUUUGUUUUAGGAUGACUGAAAUAAGAUUUCUGGCAUGCUUAGUUCAAUGUUAACUUUGCAACAAAUAUAAUAACGAAUAACAUUUAUUCGUACUGAAGGACGUAAUAAAACAAAAGGUUACAUUGUAACCAAAGCAUUCAGAAACUAUAUUUGAGUCAGUAUUCCGAGACUGAUAGAAUUUUUAGCAUUAAUUAAUUACUUUUAAUUUUGUUUUAAUUCCUUUCUAUAUAUGUGCGUUCUAUCAGUCUUUGCGCUGUGUACACCCAGGUAAACUAUAAAAAUUGAAAUCAAUAUUUGUUUUGGAAUUAAUUAAAUGAAGUGUAAAAUUAUGAAUUAUGGUCGGCUUGAAUGUUUUGCAACAGUUUGACCUGCGUGUAUAUAUGCGACCUUAUAGGAACGUUUCCCUUAUGCUGGUGAAAAGAAAAAAAAAGAGAUUCUAAAAGUAUGAUGAAUGUAAUUCCCAAAUUACAAUGUGUUCAUUGUAUACCUAGAGUUUGCUAGAUUAGCGCGUAUAAGCUCGUCAUGUCUUCGAGUCGUGUUCAAAGUAAAGAAUCGAUAAAAAUCGAUGUAUAUAAUCUUAGUAAAUGUAAUCGAUUUCUGACUAGUAUCGAUGAUAUUUCCAUUCCUUUAUAAGAAAAAACGUUAACAAUAAUCUCGAUUAUGAAUUAUUCAUUUUCCAGUGUAUUUUUUGGAAAUGUUAAAUUAGUUGUUUAUUAUCUUGGAGAUACGAUUUUAAUUGUAAUGAUUAAAUUAUUUUCAGUGUAACAAUAAAUCGGUUGACACGUCAGAUUAUUUGAUUGCGAUUCCCUGCGUCGACUGUUGACUUUUAUAUUAUUUUAUACGAUUAAUGGCGGUUCUUUUUUAAAUCUGUAUUUAAUUUUUUUACUUUAAUUUGUACUCUACUCGAACAAAAUACAACAGAAUGUGACAUUGUUUUUUUUA